AUGGGUGUCUCACUGUCAGUGUGGCUGUACAGCAGGGCAGACGACAGCCCUCCCUCCUCCUCAUCAGCUUUCCCUCCACUGGCUGUCUCCAUAUCCUCUCGCCUCGCCGUCACUCUGAACUCCUCUCCAAUUGCUCCAGGAGACAGCCGCUCACGCUGGAGCUCAACCCACUGCUCUCCUUCCUUCCUGCUGUCUGGCUGCAAACAGGAAGUGACACGUUCACCUGUUGAGCUGAGUACUGACGGGGUGAGGGCGGAGAUGGGGGUGAAAAGUGGGCUUCAUGUCUGGGAAGUGCUGUGGAGUCCCAACCAGAGAGGGAGUCAUGCUGUCAUCGGCAUCUCCAGGCAGAGCUGCCCUCUGAGGGCCCCGGGGUACGACGUGCUGAUUGGCCGGGAUCCACAGUCCUGGGGCUGGGAACUCAAAACCAAUCAGCUCUGGCAUGCUGGACAGAGUCUGGACCUCUACCCAGGGAAGAGGAGGUGGUACCACCCUGAGGCCGUGGGGGAUUUUAGGACAAUGUCUUCCACUUCGUCACACAAAAAGAUGGCACAGACUCUUCUACCCAUCCCUGAGCGUGUCCUGCUGGUGCUUGACGCCGAUGCAGGGACUCUGGGAUUUGUUGUUGAUGGCAGCUUCCUCGGCGAAGCUUUCAAAGACCUUCCUCGUGGAGUGGAGCUGUUUCCAGCCGUGAGCAGCGUGAGAGGUGGAGCCAGAAUACGACUACGAUACCUGAACGGUGCCACACGUGAGUAG